AUGUGGCCAAUUGACGAAUCUUCUUGCCUUUUCCACUCCUUUCAGUUCAAUUGCAUUGACUUGCUGGUCCAUCUAUUGACUCUUCUUCACCGCCAUCUGUACCUUCUGUACCAUGAGAUGGCGGACAGCCGCCAGCUUCUCAUCGGUGUUCAACGGAGCUGUUCGGCUGCUUCUCGACCGUCGGCGCUUCCCGACGACACCUCAGCUGUCGACCCUACCACGGCGCUGAGCCCCCGAAGGGGCAGUCUCCUCUCCGGGCCCUCGCCGACGUCUAUGCCUCCGCCGAUUGGCCAGCUGAAUGGCCUCCUUCUCGGAUGGCCUCGCGACGCCGCCUCCCGAGACCCGGCACAGUCGACCCAACUGGGCCGCAGUCCUUCGGACCGCUUCAGCGUCGCCCGACGCAUCGCCUCCCGCACCGGCGCCAGCAGUACCGGACGCCUCGUCAAGCGGCGCCGCGGCCGCCGCGUCUCGCGCAGCCCCGCGGGCCUGGGCACCGUGGCACCGGACGCCUCCGUCUGCCCACCUCACCCGGCCAGCCGUUGCUGGGGCCCGACCACCGGCCCGUCGGCCCUCCUCCGGCCGCCGGGGGGCCCCGUCGACCAGACCUCCACACUCGGCUCCGCUUUCGACAUGGCCGAGGCGGCGUUGCGCUGUCUCGCCCACCUGACCGCGGGUCAUCCCGCGGCCAGACGAGCUGCGCGUCGCCUCCUCGGCCGCUCCUCGCGCCUCCGACUGCUCUGCGCCGUACCGGCCUGUUGUCUGGCACUGGUCACCGAGUGCAGCAGUCCCGCGCCGCUCUGCUCCUGCACUCGUGGCCAGUCGUCUGCAGACCAACACCCUCCUCGUGACAGCGCCCGUCUUCUUCCGGACUCGCCGGGCACGCCAGGUAUCUGCCUUCUUCCUCUUGGCCACGAGCACCGAAAGUGCUAUUGCAACAUUUACCAACAGUCUCGAGGCACUACUUCCUCGAAGUAUAAGUAG